UUGGUGUUUUAACAUAUUAACACCUGUUUUGUUGCCAGAAAAAAGGGGAAAACCUAUUCUCAUAUUUUGGUACUGGCAAAGGUGAUCCCAUGAUGCUUUGCAAGAGUUCUGCAUUUAAUAUUUGGCUCAUGACAUGGAACUGAUGAGGCACAAUGAAGAUAAAAUUGAGAAAAAGCAGUAUUAAAAAAACUGUCUUAUACUUCUGCAGUUUUAAUGUUGGAAUUGGAAAUGAAAUACCAUAGAGUAAAGGCUGAGCCAGUUGAAACACUUAUUUACCACAGCCAAUGAUGGAAAUUCCGUAUUACCAUGUUAUAUCACGAUUUUUCAAUUCCAUUAAUGACAAUUAUCUUCCAUCAUGGGGUCAGUGAAACUCGCAACACUGAUUGUCAAAUUGAAUGACUGGUCUGAACCAUAGGAAUGUCUACCACUGGCUUAUGGGGAUGAGUCCUACGCAUUGCUUAUUGGUGCUAAGAGCCACACCGACUUUUGUUUUUUGCAAUACCGUGCAGUCACGAAAGCUUCAAAUCUAGAAUUAAUAUUACCAACUACUGAUUCAUGGAAAGAUUUUUGUAAUUCUGCUUAUGACUCAAGAAGCAAAGGUAGUAUUCGGAUCAGCAAUUCACCAAAAUAUGCAUAAUCUUCAACAACAACAACAACGAAACACCCUUUACAAAAUGCAGCUUUCUUUUUCACACAGUGUGAUCGGAUCUGGAGAGCGGCGAAAAAAAACAUGUUUAAUGGAGAGAAGUAAAAGCUCGGUCACCACCAUCAUCACACUUCCUUCGCGUGGGCUUUGAGCCCCGCGCCGUGCCUUGAGAUGGGCACGGGCUCGUCGCUGACGCCGGGCGGCGCGGAGCUAGCCCCGCCGGGCCUGGCCGGCCGCGGCUGCACCGAGAUCCCCAUCGAGAUGACGCCGCGGCGAGCGCUGGUGCCCAACGCGCGGCUCCGCUCGGUGGGGUCGGCGCGCCGCUUCAAGGGGGCCUCCUUCCGCUCGGUGACCUCCGUCGUGGACCUGGAGCUGGCGCCCGAGCUGGAGCGCCUGCGCAAGGAGUACGAGAUCUUCCGCGUGACGAAGAGCAACGAGGUGGCCGACAUGAAGCGCAAGGAGGAGAAGCUCGACUCGGAGAACAAGCGCCUGCGUGCGGAGCUGCAGGCGCUGCAGAAGAGCUGUCAGAAGCUUCGCGUGGAGAAGGAGGCGGCUCUUGAGGGCCGAGACCAGGCCAUGGAACGAGCGGCCUCAUUUCAGCAAGACCGGGACAAGGUUCAACGCCAGUUCAAGAUAUUCCGCGAGGCCAAGGAGAAGGAGGUUCAGGAUCUGCUGAGGGCCAAGCGGGACCUGGAGGGGCGGCUCCAGCGUCUGCAGGCCUCCACUGGGGUUGGCGGCGCCGGCUCCGCCGCACCGGCCUGCGAGGGUGGUGACUCGGACGGGGACGAGACUCGCACGGAGGUGGCCGGGUCGGCGGUGAUGGGGAGCCACCCGUCGAUGGGCAGCAUGGUGCUGCUCGCCAACUCCAUGAGAGGGCCAGAGCUGGCACACAGCCUCGUCGACCUGGAAGGAACUUUCACCAGCGUCAACCGUGAUGACUGGAACUCUGCGCUGAGUGGGCUUCUGCAUGGGCCCUCCUCCGGCAGCCGUGCUCCACACAACAACACGCUUCGCUGCUACAUCAUGAGCUGUCCGGACACGCAGCAUCACGCCGAUCUCUUCGUGGCCCGGGCCGUUCCCGAGCUGCAGAGCGUGUGCGAGGCGCGGGGACACUUCUUGGUGGCCGUGAGCUUUGGCAGCGCGGAGCAGAAGGGGCUGCGCGAGAGCCGCAGGAGGGAGAUCGCCGGCGCAGCGCUCCUCCUUCUCUUCCUGGGCCGCUCCGUGCCGGCGUACGUGGCGGAGGACUGCGAGGAGGCGUCCCUUCGGCAGGCGGAGGCGUCGAGGCCGCUCGCCAUCGCCCGCUGGGUGGGAGGAGGGGCGGACGGGAGGGGGGACGCGGCGAAGGGAGACGCGGACUCGCCCGGGGCUCUGGUUGCGAGUUUAGCCGCGACGAACGCAGCCCAGCAGGUAAUUGAGUACAGCGAUCCGGAAGAAGGAAUUGAGAGGUUGCAGGCCCACGUUGGAAGAGCCAUUAAGCGGGAGCUGCGGAGGUGGAGGGACGGCAGCGGCGUCGACGAAGUUUCCGCCGCUGCCAAACCGAUCCGGGUGGCCGAGAGCCCCGGAACCCCCACGAAGGCUUCCGCAACGGAUGGCGGCGGCGGGGAGGGGCGGCCGCCAUCCUCUCCCGAACCGCGGCGGACGCAGGGGAGCAACGGCGGCGGCGGCGGCGGCGGAAGCGCCGCGAGCGGUGCGGGUGGUGGCGACGGCGAGGGUGACGAGGGGGAGGGAGAUGAGAGGGAAGUCGAAGAGGAGGGACCAGGCGACUUGCUGUGGGACCGCCACCUGGAGCAGGAGCAGCAGGAGGCCCUGCAGAUGGCGGCUCAGGCGUCCUUCCCGCUCGGGCUCGAGAAGUACCUGCAGAGGCUGCACGACCUGGUGGCCGCCCCGGGCCCCACUCCUCCUCUGCUCGUGUCCGGGGGCCCUGGCUCUGGGAAGUCCCUGCUGCUCGCCAAGUGGAUAGAGACGCUCCAGACACACUCCCCCAGUAGCCUGGUGCUCUACCACCUCGUCGGACAGCCCUUCUCCUCGAGUGCCGACCCCGUACUCAUGGUUCGACGCUUCAUAGUCAAGCUGCUGCAGCACAUGUGGUGGGUGCCUGUGGCGGGCCCCGACGGUGCGCGGCUGCUGGAGGAGCUGCCCUCCUGGCUGGAGCGGCUGUCGGCGAGGAGGCAGGGCUGCAUCAUCCUCCUCAUCGACUCCAUCGACCGCAUUCAGCAUGCGGAGAGGCACCUGCCGUGGCUCAUCGACCCCCUGCCUGUCAACCUGAGGGUGGUGGUCUCCGUCAACGUGGAGACGUGUCCUCAGCCCUGGAGGCUGUGGCCCACCCUUCACCUGGACGCCUUGAGCCCGAGCCACGUGAAGACCCUCAUCCAAAAGGAGUGCUCCACCGUGGGACUGAGCCUCACCGACCACCAGGUGAAGAGGCUGGACAUUCAUUUUCGAUCGGCCACCACCUGCAAUGCCCUCUACACCACACUGGUGGCGCGGAUGGUGAGCAGGGCACGGUCGUCCCAGGAGCUGGAGGAAGCUCUGCACCCAUGCCUGCAGUGCCACGACACCCCUACGCUCUUCCGCCUGGCGCUCCGGGUCACAGAGUCCACCCUGCGCGCCGCCAGGGAUCGCGAGCGCCUGCGAGAGCUGCUGUGCCUGGCGUGCGUGGCGCGCGACGGCGUGAGCGAGUCGGAGCUGCAGGCCAUCGACCCGGGCCUGGGCUGGGCCCUGCUGUCGCCCCUGCUGCACACGCUGCAGCGCCUGUGCGUGCUGUCCCGCACGUGCGGCCUCAUCAAGUUCCGUCACCUGCAGGCUCAGGAAGCCGCGCGGCAGGAAUACGUGGGGGUGCAGGGUCCCGGAGGCUGCCAGGUGUUCCGAGCGAGGCUCGCACAGCACUUCUCCAGCCGCCUCGCGGCCGGCCACGUGACUUGGCGUGUGGCGGACGAGCUUCCGUGGCUGCUUCAUCACGACGCCGAGAGCCGACCGGCUCUGCAGGACUGCCUCCUCAACCUGCACCUGUGCCGGGACCUCUACAAGCGGGGCCGCUUCUCUGACCUGGUGAGCCACUGGCAGGCGUCGGGACGUGACCGCACCUCCUUGGCCGCCCUCUACAUGGAAGCGCUGAAGCAGCGGGAGAAGGCGCCGCCGUCCGGGACGGCGAGCAGCGGCGGCGGCGACGUGGGCUCGGACGGCAGUUGGGAGCGCAGCGUGUCGGAGCUCGCCGACCUGCACGAGACGCUGGGACGCUUCCUCAGGGACCUGGGCCUCUACAGCCAGGCGGUGCUGAUGCUGCAGCGCUCGCUGGAGCUGCGCGAGACGGCGCUCGACCCGGACCACCCGAGCGUGGCCGGCACGCUGCACCGGCUGGCGGCCGUCUACCUGUCGUGGCGCAAGCCGGGCCCCGCCCAGCAGCUGUACGAGCAGGCGCUGGCGCUCGUGCAGAACGCGCACGGGCACGACGACCCCCGCGUGGCGCGCCACCUCGACGCGCUCGCCGCGCUGCACCACAAGCACGGACGGCUGGAGCAGGCCGAGUCCCUGAGGAGACAAGCAUUGAAGAUCCGCCAGAAGGCUGCAGCCGAGAGGGGCAACGUGUCGGGCUUCGAGCUGCUGCGACGCCGCCUGCUGCAGCUGGAGGAGGCCCCCCCCGGCGGGGAGUCAGCGGACGCAGCGCGUUCGCUCAACGAGCUGGGGGUGCUCUACUACCUGCAGGGCAACCCCGAAAUAGCAGAGUUGUUUUUCCAGCGCUCGCUCACCAUGCGGGAGAAGGUGCUCGGCCCUGACCACCCGGACUGCGCGCAGUCCCUCAACAAUCUGGCGUCGCUGUGCGGGGAACGCGGCGAGAGCGAGAGGGCCCAGUGCCUCUACGAGCGAGCGCUGCACAGCCGCCAGCGCGCCCUCUCCCGCAACCACCCGGCGCUCGCCUACACCGUCAAGCAGCUCGCUCUGCUCUACAAGAAGGGGGGCAAACUAGAGAAGGCUCUACCCCUUUACCAGCUGACGGUGGAGAUCAGAGAAAAGGCUUCUGGGCCAAACCAUCCCAGUGUGGCCACAGCACUGGUCAACUUGGCUGUUGUAUAUUCCCAACUGAAGCGUCACGAUGAGGCCCUGCCCCUGUACGAGCGCGCGCUCCGCACGUACGAGGACAGCCUGGGGCCCCUGCACCCCCGCGUGGCCGAGACUCUGCGGAACCUCGCCGUGCUGAGGUACGAACAGGGAGACGUUGCUGGGGCGGCCGAGCUGUACAAGCGCGCCACGGAGAUCCGGGGAGGGGAGCCGUUGCCGGCGGCGGCGGCGGCGGUCACUGGCGGGGGUCACAGGGCGCAGUCGCUGCACUCUUCCGGAAGCGAGCUGCUUGGCCUGGCGCUACACUCGCCGCUGGGGCUAGGCUAGCGGAGGUCGGGCGGCCCGUCUCUAAGGUCGGAGGUCGAGUGGCCGGCCCCCGCCGACGGCGGUAGUUGCAGCGCGGAAGCCGAAGGUGCGGUCACGCUCAGGUACUCGCCGCCAUAGGUUCGUCCAAGUUUCCCCGAAUGUGUGUGCGGUGGGCAGAGAGAAGCCAAACGCCAGCACUGCCGUUUGUUUGCUUUCUUUUCAAUGGCAGCACCAGGGUAGUAAAGAAAAUGUGUAAUCGACUACUUUGCGUGUACCUGUUCUGGAUUAACCAAUUGCUACUGACACCAUAAGGACUUCAAAAGAAAAUAAGGGAUUGUUGGUUGCGGGAUGAAGCUUCACCAUUCCACUUUAUGCGUGAAGCAUAACAAAAGCCUCAUUACACCUUGCCAUAAACGCCGUAUUUAUUCGUCACCAUCCGAACGCGAAAAAAUAUCGAGUGACCGCCAUGGCAGUCAAUCCCUGGAGAUGUUGUUACAUUUUCGUUCCUGGCAGCACCAAACUCUUCCUUAGCGAUGUCGGUGGUGAACAAGCGAGUCGCGAAUUGCGUUUGGUGGCACUGUACGAUCACAAACAAGGCUUGGGAUGAGGGUGGUGCUGAGAGAUGCUGGAAGAGAGACGAUGCGGUCGUAGCCCGCGUGCUUUGGCCUGCGUCGGUUUUUGCGACGCCCAAAAACUUGACGGGAGAUGGAAUGAUUCAACGACCGAUGAAGUGCACAGUGCCUGCUCCUUUAACCUGCAAAGGACUGCGACGUAAAUGAACACCUCAAUCAGAAAAAUCUGAGCGCUCAUAGAUUUCGUCGUGGUUGCUGUGCAGGUGAUUACUGACCCUUCCCUUUUCUUUCCAUUGCACAAAUGAAAGGUAAAGAAAACGUUGAGGAAGUAAACACAGGAUUUUUGGAACAAGUUGAAGCGGUUCACUUAAAAAUAAAAAGUAGUGUUCGAAAGCCGUAUACCAAAAUCACACGUUUCAACUUUUGCAGUGAAGGCUGACGAACAGCCGUCGGCCGACAUUGAAAUUCAGGACAAACGCUGUUCUUGUAGAGAGAGAGAAAAAAAAUCCCGAGUUAACAGCUGCCACAAGGUUCGUUUGUUAAGCCCGGUGUGACAAUACGCGGCAGUGGCACAAGCUGCUCGUCCAUGCCAACUCACUCAGUCGUGCGUGCGGUGCAUCCUGCAGCCGAGCAGAUAAUUCCCUUUUUUGUGCCGUGUGACGUCGAGGCCGUUGGGGACGUGGCUUUGUCCGGCGACAAUGCGAGCACGCGCGGGGGUUGCCGAGGUGUGGGCGCAGGGGACUGGGGAAGCGCGGGGGGAUGUGGUCCGGUUAAAGUGCAGGGGGGGGGGGGACGCAGGGGGAUCCGUUGUGUGGGACGUUGAAGGCAAUCGAAAUUAGCGGCCUUGCGUCAAAAAUAACCGAGCUGUAACUAAAAUAAAAUGUUAACGUCAAUUGGGUAAAGGUGCAGCCCUCAAACUGCUUGUUCCUGCCACUGCUCGUGGAAGGCCCUCCACUAGAGGGCGCUUUACUGAGCCACUCUUGUCUAUUCUUUCACGCUGACCAGACACAAAAAAACUGCCGAUUAACUAACUGUAAAAUACGUUUAAAAACAGAUCCUGUUAUUUGUACGUAAUUACAAUAUAUGAUUCCUGCGGAUGAGAAUGUUUGAACCUGAAGAAUGGUUAUCUGCUGCUUCAUGAAGAUGGAACGCUGUGUAACGCGAAGGAAAAUUGGUCUGUAAAAUGCGUCGUAAUAAUGCUGCAUAAUACAUUUGGCAAAUUUUGGCAUUGCCACAUUCAUGCUUGCAUCAUCAAACAGGGACAAAGAAGGCUGAAUUGUUGUGCUGGCAAAGCUUUGUCAUCAUCAGCCAUAGUCAAUCCACUGUGGGAUGAAGGCCUCUCCAAGCUAUCGCCACCUCUCGUGAUCCUGCAACGUAACGAUCCACCCGGCGCCGGCACGAGAACCGAUUUCACCACUCCAUCUCGCGUGCGGACGUCCUCUUGGGCGCGUUCCCCCCCUCGGCUGCCGUUCCCCAGUAUGUUUAAUUUGAAGCUGCCGUGAGUUUACCCUUCGUCGCCCCAAGUUGACAAACUGUGGACCAGCUGGGAAUCCAGCGCACAGAGAGAGGGCCUGCCGUUGUUGCGAGGGAUAAAUAAUGCGACGGCAAAAAGCAAGUCUGCUGCGAGUGGAGAUUAAAGAACAUGCAGCAUCAUCGCUGACAAUAACAGGCGAUUGUUUGCCAGUGUAAUGGGCCAAAUCGCAUCCUCCCCCCAAAAAAUAUGAGGGCUUCCCCUCGCCUGCAUGGUGAGCAAAGGCCCAGCAGUGUAUUGAUAAAACAGGCUGUAGUUUUCCUCCUUGGAGUAUGAAUAAUAUUUGUAUCUGUAAAAAGUAUCCAGGUCUUCUUCUCGACAGUGGCAUUGUUUAUCAGAGUCUGUGAUGCCAGUACACGUUAAUUAAUUAACUGACAUCUCAACUCAUCCAUAAAUCGUAAUCCGAACGUACACCAUAUUGUUCAGCUGCUGUCUGUUGUGCGUUCUAUUUCCACAUUCUGUAGGUGAAUAAAUACAAUUUGCCCAUUGCCUUUCUGGACCAAUAUCCAGCAGCAUUUGUUUAACAAGCAAACUCCGUGUGUAGUUUCGACCUUCUGGUUCUCAUCAGCAGAAUCAGGCUGGUUAAAGACCUAUGGCUGGCUCACCAGAUGGUAAUUGGCAGAGUUCUCCCAUCGAAUGAUAUUGGGCUCUGUUCAAUGCAAAAAUCAAAACUGUAUGCAAACACAUGUGUUAUCAUGGAGCGUUAUGGGUAAUAACGUAUCUGAUUCCGUCUUUCUAAGAAGUAGGUUGGCUUCUGUGAUGUUGGGUGGUGCGGGGAUUUCUGUGGGUUUUUAUCGGCGUCGUUUCCUGACGUCUAUCUCAAUUUCAUUUCGAACUGCGGCAGCGUCCACUUUGUUUCCCCAAGGUGGGAUUUCACUUUGAAGACAACAGGAGGAGGUGGUCAAUUCUCUCUUGACUAAACAUAUAAAAGCUUAGUGUGCAUAAAGGUUAAAAUAAGUCUACCUACCACGUAAAAUAACUCGUAAAUAUUAAAAGCGAACGCUUUUAAUAUUUAAUAUAUCGCUGACGCUCGGCACAAGCGGCGAUGGAGGACAUCAAGUCCUGUGCAGUUCCGAGCCUUCAUCUCGAUAAGAGCGUGGAUCUCCACGCAUGCGAUUGAACGGCACGGUCACCCUGCGUGCGUGUGCUCAAGGUGUGUCGCUUUCCUUUGUCUCUUAACCUGCAAGCAGCAUGGCCGCUUGCACAACAGCAUGCCAACCUUCACUGCGAUCCCCCUGCUCUCAUCGUAUUGUUGACUUCCAGUCAGAAGAACUGGGGAGUGUUGUACUUUUGUUUUUGUAUAUGCAAAUUGCGGCGAUUGUGAUGUACUUACUGCAUUCUCAGCAGGACAGGUUCAAUUCCUGGAUCGGCACAUUAAAUGCAUAUAAUUGCGUAAGAAUCAAUUGUUUACAAUUUAUGCAAAUUAUAUACGAUUGUAAAGUUUAUGCUAAAAAAGCAAAUAAAAAAACAUAGAAAAUAGACUCCAGAAAAGCGAGACGCCAUAUAAAAUAAGAUGGUAAAAGGGGGAAAAUAAUCAUUUUUACAAUUUUUGUAUCCCAAAUCGAGCCCAUGAUAAUUCUUAAAAUUGCUGGGGCAGACAAUUGUGAUGCAUCUUCUCUAUCGUGUGGUUGCUAUAUUCACUGGAAAGACAAAGGCAGCCCUACUUCCCUCUACUGUGCCGUGCCAACCUUAAUAAGUGUUUUCCUACAGUGCGUCCUGCGACAACCCACAGGGUGAAAUGGAGGCCCCUUGUCCUAUCUCUCUCCACGUAUGACGUUGGCGUAGAGUGGUGCUGAAAUGGACAGCGCUUUUUGCGCGAUGAACCCAGCGAACCUGAGUUCGAUUCUCGGCCAUGGCUACCAUCAAGUGGCGAGUGAUAUGUGAACCGGUCCUGGGCCCCCACCUCUCCCAUCACCAAUCCACACUGGCCAUUGUAGUCGAGUCGAGUGUAGUCAAACAGCCCUCGUGACAGACACGGAAUGUUGAGUUCCUCCAGCAAUGGAUUGAUCAAGGGGCUUAGAACUAUUCGAUUAUUUUACAUGACGCUAUCUGGUCAGUCGUGGCCAUGCGGUGUCGUUUGCAAUGCGUGGUCACGCAGCGUAUUAAGCCGAAUGUGGCAAGUUUUGCUUGAGAAGAGAACCCUGUACCCUGUGCAGUUUUUGUCAUGUUCAGCGGCAGGCCUCUACUCAGAACCCACACACAAUGUGGCCACCUGAAGUACAAACACGGAUUCUUGCUUAAACAAGAAUCGACAAUCACAUCACUCUUUUUUUAAUUAAAUGUGUACCGGACGCACGUUGCGCGUGGUUAUCUGCAUAAAUAUCGGAGAGUCACAUUGCAGUGUGGCUCUUUUAUCCAAUACAGCACUUAGUCACUGCGGAAUAACACCGUUUGUGAAACGCCAUCCUACCGCGUCUGCAACAGCAACAAGAACGACGGCAGUGACGACUUCAAAUCAUAAUUAAAACUCUUCCCCCCCCCCGUCACUUGGAACUCCUAACGAUGAGGGUAAAUGUGACAAGCGACUCUGUCGGACGGGGAUGCUGCAAAUGAAGAGUUUGACGUAUGAGGACCGGUUAUUAUUUUUUGCCGGCUGCACGAUGCACAAUCGCCAGCAAUUACCUCUAAUUGAAUUUUUACGCAAAUGAUGUCGGGACUUUGGUUGAAAGAAUGCGUCUCGGAAAGGCUGCCCUAUGCAUUCCUCCAAUGAUAUGUUGGUACAGUAAUUAUAUUUUAAAUAUGCAGUGCAAUCUCAAAUAUCCGAUGAUCCCAUAUCCGACCUGACCAAUUCGACUGCCAACACCCCAGUGCAGCGUUAACUGUCACUUUCUAUUGAUGUUCACAAAGCUGACCUUUUCACAUGCAGUAAUGUGUUUUUUUAAUCUCGAGUACAUUUGUGUAUAAAUUGCAGUCAAGCAUUUUCCCGUCGCGUUAGGUUUGCACUUCAUUUUUUCUCUCUCCUUGUAAUCUGUGCUUGGUGUAACAAAAUAAUUUUUUCUAUAGAUGUUCACAUAUUCGCCGAUACCCCAGUCCCCAGCGAAUGAAUGCGUGACUUUAGACUCGUAUAAGAAAUAAGCACAUCCAAAUAACUAUGCAAUGGAAAGACGAUUAACAUUGGUGUUUUUUUUUUUUUGCAACUGCUGCUCGUGUGAACAUCUCUCUGGGAAUUACGGAAUAAGGGCCAUUUUCAUCUUCAACACUUUUAUUUCUGUGCAUUCAUUUUUUUGAGUUUUCCUAUUACCAUUCAUAAUCGUCCUCAUUGCGAUCGUCCGCGGUGUGACAACUUGACAUAAUUGGUAAUGUCUCAUUCCGUGCACUUUGAAGUGGAAACUUCAUCUCCAUUAGCAUAGUUCUAACUGGCCUGGAAUGAGGCCGUAUAAAAAAAAAAUACUCCGUUGGCUUCUGUAUUUGUGGUUGUGUUUAUUAUUAUUACUCUUAUAAUUCUCCAUAUGUUCGGAUGGACUAUCUAAAGCAUUUGUUAUGGUUUUGCCGCAUAUCUGUAUAUCAAGCGCGUUUGUAUGAUAUUUCUGUAAUAUACAGUACAUCAAAGGCUGUCAAAAAAAACCAAGAAUAAUGUGUAUGCAAAA